AUCCAUUCGGGCCUUUGACUAAGUGACCGUUUCUUCUUAAUAUGGAGAUUCAACUGAUGAAGAUGAACAGUACUGAGUGCAACCCAACCCACCACAUUCUUCUUCCAUUGACAGAUCUCUAAAGCUCGACACCCUCUCAAUCCCAAACCCUAAUCAAAUUUACCUCACUAUCAGGUUCAGAGAGUAGAUUAGGUGAUUGUGUAAAAGAUGCAGCGUUCUCCAGCGACGAUCGAGGAACAAUUGAUAUUGAAAACAAUCAAAGAGGAAUGUCCAUGGGAGAGCUUGCCCAAACGGCUUCAAGCCACCUUGUCCUCCAAGGAAGAAUGGCACAGAAGGAUAGUUGAACAUUGCAUUAAAAAAAGACUUCAAUGGAAUGCUUGUUUUGCUCGCAAAAUAUGCAAAGAAACGGAAUAUUACGAAGAUUUGAUGCGCUACUUGCGAAAGAAUUUAGCGCUAUUUCCUUAUCACCUUGCAGAGUAUGUUUGCCGUGUGAUGAGGGUAUCACCUUUUAAAUACUACUGCGAUAUGAUUUUUGAGGUUAUGAAGAAUGAGCAACCUUAUGAUAGCAUCCCAAAUUUUAGUGCUGCAGAUGCAUUGCGGCUUACAGGCAUAGGGAGAAAUGAAUUUAUUGAUAUAAUGAACAAGUGCAGAUCUAAGAAAAUUAUGUGGAAGCUUAACAAGUCAAUUGCAAAAGAACUUUUACCUACCCAACCUGUGGAUUUUACAAUUGAACCAUGGUGGGGAGUUUGUCUCGUGAACUUUACAUUGGAAGAAUUUAAGAAACUCUCAGAAGAAGAAAUGGCUACCAUAGAUAAAGUCUGCAAGGAAGAAGCCAAUUCAUUUAUCCUGUUCGAUCCUGACAUUAUCAAAGGUCUUUUUCGGCGGGGAUUAAUAUACUUUGAUGUUCCAGUUUAUUCUGAUGACCGCUUUAAAGUUUCCAGGCUUGAAGGGUUUGUUUCCAACAGAGAGCAGUCUUAUGAAGAUCCUAUAGAGGAGUUACUGUAUGCAGUAUUUGUUGUUUCAAGUGAGAAUGCAACUGUUGCUGAGCUGGCAGCAACGUUACAGGCUGACCUUUCACAACUGCAGGCAGCUGCAUCUUUUGCAUGUCGAUUGGGUUGGGCAGUGAAAGUCAUUGAUCCAGCAUCUAUUCUUCAAGAUUCAAGUAUACCUGGAUCUCCUAGGACCAUUCUUAGUGAUGAAGAGGGUUCUCAUGCUGGUGCUGGCUCAUCAAAUAUUUUCAUAGAUGGUGAUAAUGCUUCAGAAGGGGAAGCUUCAGGAGCAGAAAAGUUUGGGCCAGGUUCAUUGUAUGCUCGUGUUGCUUUCAUUGUGGAUGCUAACAUAACAUCGUAUCUUAUGAUGGGAUCUGUUUCACCAGGCUUAAAAUCUCAUGCUGUGACACUGUAUGAAGCGGGAAAACUUGGUCAUGCUAGCAUUGCGGAUCUUUGUAAGGAUCUGAGUACCUUAGAGGGAGCUAAAUUUGAGGGAGAACUCCAGGAAUUCGCAAAUCAUGCUUCUAGCCUUCGUUGUGUUUUAGAAUGCCUACAGUCAGGUGGAGUUGCGACUUAUGUGAAAGCAGAUGAGAUUUUCAACAAUAUAGAUAAAAUGGCCUUAAGCAAUGAGGAGAUUGCUUCUCUGGUUGCUGAUAUUACCAUAAAUGACAGAUCAGAACCUACUGGUGUGGAUGAAGAUGGGUUUAACGGCGAUGGUUCCAUUAAUAAGGAGAUGUCACAGGGGGAUUCUGACCUUACUGAAUCUGUUCCUGAAAGUACUGAUACUAAACCAAUAGUUGGAAUUUCAUCAGGAGAUGAUGAUAGCUUAAUUGAAGUCACUGAAUCCAUAAAUCUUCUGGAGGAUGAGAAACUGAUUCCAGUUGAAGGGUCAGAUGUUGGAAAAGAAAUGUCAAGGAGGAUAAAGAAAUAUCGCGUAGACAUACUUCGUUGUGAAAGCUUGGCAUCUCUUGCACCCGCAACUUUAGAACGGUUGUUUCUUCGUGACUAUGAUAUUGUUGUCUCUAUUAUUCCUCUUCCACAUUCAUCAAUCCUCCCUGGACCGACAUUUCCUGUUCAUUUUGGUCCUCCCUCUCACUCAUCCAUGACACCUUGGAUGAAGUUGGUGUUGUACACAACUGUGGCAUGUGGACCUCUAUCUAUUGUUCUGAUGAAAGGGCAAUGCUUACGCUUGCUUCCUGCACCACUGGCUGGUUGUGAGAAGGCUCUCAUAUGGUCUUGGGAUGGUUCUACAGUAGGAGGCUUGGGGGGCAAGUUUGAAGGAAACUUAGUUAAGGGAGGUAUACUCUUGCACUGUUUAAAUUCACUUCUGAAACACUCAGCUGUGCUAGUGCAGCCCCUCAGUAAGUACGACCUUGAUAAAUCUGGGCGAGUUGUUACUCUAGAUAUUCCAUUGCCGUUAAAGAAUUCUGAUGGUUCAACUGCUCGUAUAGAGGGGGAUAUGGGACUGAGUGAAGAGGAAAGUAAAAGGCUGAACUCUUUGUUGGCUGAUUUGGCUAACAAAAUGGAGUUGUGGACAGUGGGUUACAUUCGGCUCUUAAAACUUUUCAAGGAAAAAGAGUCUGAACAAUUUUCACCUGUUGAAGAGAAGUAUGAAUGGGUUCCACUGAGUGUGGAAUUUGGUGUUCCACUUUUCAGUCCGAAGUUAUGCAAUAAUAUUUGCAAGAGGGUCGUUUCAUCCCAAUUACUUCAAGCAGACUCACUACAUGAGCAUCAUGAUGCAAUGCAAGGCAUAAGAAAAAGAUUACGGGAUGUUUGUGCAGAGUAUCAAGCAACGGGUCCUGCAGCAAAGCUUCUUUAUCAGAAAGAGAAAUCAAAGGAGCCAUCUCGACAUCUCAUGAAUUAUGCUAGUGGAAGGUGGAAUCCACUCGUGGAUCCUUCAUCUCCCAUUUCGGGAGCUAUGAGUGAACAUCAGAGACUAAAACUAGCUAACCGAAAUCGUUGCCGAACUGAAGUCUUGAGCUUUGAUGGGAGCAUCCUCAGGUCAUACGCUUUGGCGCCUGUGUACGAGGCUUCCACAAGGCCAAUCGAAGAAUCCCCUUCAGGGAGCACAAUAAAAGUUGAGCAAGAGGAGGCCGACAACAGAGAAGUUGUCCUUCCCGGUGUCAAUCUUCUUUUCGAUGGCGCUGAGUUGCACCCUUUCGACAUAGGCGCUUGCCUGCAGGCUCGUCAACCAGUCUCCUUAAUAGCCGAGGCAGCUGUUACCUCUGCAGCUUUUGCUGCUGUUAAAUAGGGACUUACAGCUGCUACAUGCUUCCUUGGUAAGAGAACAGAUAACUUCCCUACUGCCAUUCUCGAAACCCGUCAUCCAUGUCCUUUUGUUAUUAUUUUUUGAUUCGUCUGCUCGAUUUGAGAUUGGCAGUAUCCGCUGGCUUAAAGUCAAAUCAGCUCUAAGGUAAUUAGAAAAUUACCCCUUUAUAGUAUAGUAUGCAACUCUGUUGAUUGCUUAACCACACUGAUUUAUGAUCAAAAUUAUCAUGAAAGACCCUUCUUUCAUUUGCAUUUAAAA